AGGAGGAAGCCGCUCCUCCGGAGCUGUGAUGGGGAUUUGAACGCAUCUCCGCGCAGAACUCAGCGCCGCACGGCCCCGGCUCAGAGCGCAGCGGGCGGGUCCGCCUCACUCAACCCCCCCGGUUUGGAUGUAACCUGAUCGGACUCGGUUGCCUGGUUGUUGCCCGGAGCGGGAGGCCGGGAGCAGGACGGAGUGUGCCCGGGCUGCUGCUGCUGUCGGCGGGCUGUCACCGUCGGUGUGUUCCCGGUGAGCGCGGAGCGGAGCCCGCAGGGACCCGCUGCUCUCUGUCUCCUCCGCGGGCUGGACUCGGUGUGAACACGGGAUUAAGUGCUUAUCGCUCCGGUACCGGGGAGGUGGAUGUGUGUUUUGCCCCGCAGGAGUCAGCUGGAGUCCGGGCGGAGAGACGGGGCCGAUGGCGCAACGGUAUGAGGAUCUGGCCCACUACGGCCUGGACGGGGUGGGGGGGGUUUAUGGAGACCACCACCACCACCACCACCACGCUGCCGCCGCCCGCUCCCUGCAGGCCGUUCACCUGGCCGCCGCCGCUCCCUACCCUCCGCACCAGUUCUCCCAGUCCUCCCACAGCAGCGACAACAUGGCCGCCACCGCUGGAGACGCCAAGAGGGACAAGGACGCCAUUUACGGACAUCCUCUGUUCCCUCUGCUCGCUCUGAUCUUUGAGAAGUGUGAGUUGGCGACCUGCACGCCGAGGGAGAGCGGCGUGGCCGGAGGAGACGUCUGCUCCUCGGACUCCUUCAACGAGGACAUCGCCGUCUUCUCCAAACAGAUCCGAUCAGAGAAGCCUUUAUUCUCAUCAAACCCAGAGCUGGAUAACCUGAUGAUUCAGGCGAUUCAAGUCCUGCGUUUCCACCUCCUGGAGCUGGAAAAGGUUCACGAGCUCUGUGAUAAUUUCUGCCAUCGAUACAUCAGCUGUCUGAAAGGGAAGAUGCCGAUCGAUCUGGUUAUAGACGACAGAGACGGAAACAAGUCGGACAGCGAGGACUUCAUCAGGUCGUCAGGGAACCACCUGGAUCAGAUUUCAUGGAGCAGAGAUCCUGACGACGUGGCGUCGAUCCGGUCGGCCGGGACGCCGGGACCGUCGAGCGGCGGACACACGUCACACAGCGGCGACAACAGCAGCGAACAAGGUGACUGUCUGGAUAACGGCAUGGCGUCUCCCAGCACCGGAGAUGACGACGACCCCGACAGAGACAAACUGCACAACAAGAAGAGAGGAAUCUUCCCUAAAGUGGCCACCAACAUCCUGAGAGCCUGGCUGUUCCAGCACCUGACGCACCCGUACCCGUCAGAGGAGCAGAAGAAGCAGCUUGCACAGGACACCGGCCUCACCAUCCUGCAGGUCAACAACUGGUUCAUCAAUGCGAGGCGGAGAAUCGUCCAGCCCAUGAUCGACCAGUCCAACAGAGCAGGCAGCCAGGCAGGACCGUAUGGCCCAGAUGGUCAGCCAAUGGGAGGCUUCGUCAUGGACGGACAGACACACAUGGGAAUCAGACCACCUGGUCCUAUUGGUGGUGUGGGGAUGGGGAUGGGUGUGGAGGGACAGUGGCACUACAUGUAGCACCACCACCACCACCCUGCAGCCGGAGGAGCCGCCCGGCGUCCCAGGAAACCACCGACUCCUUCAGCAGGUCUGCAGACCUCCGUGGCGGGCAUGGAGCAGGACCCUGCGCCUCCUCACCUGUCCUCCCCUCAGCCCCACCCCUCCGGGCAUCUACCUGGCCUGAUGUGGAAAACACCCGACCGCCACCGGAGACGCUUUGUCACUAAAAGCUCCCAGCUGAAGCUCAGAGAGAGACUGAGGACGAGAUCUGGAGCAGAACAAUAAACAGCUGCGAGUUAACUGAUGACACCUGGAUUUUUCUGGAGGAUUUUUCUGAAUCAGGACACAGAGUCAACGUGGCGUCUCUGCGUUUGAUCACUUCCUGUGACAUCUGUGGCCGACUACAACUACAGAGGCCCUGAGCGGACAUUUUGAAACCAGCAGACCUUCCCUCCCGUCCUGUCCUCAUAUCAACGCACAGCUGAUGUCUGUAUUUCCCGAGGAGUUCUUCUGAAGCAGGAAACCUCGACGAACCGUUUUUCAGGACACUGAGCUCUGAUGGACGGCAGAGGUCGAGUGACGGAGCGCUGUUUACUGUGGACUCUCUGAGACAAGUCACUACAGGUGCUCUGCUGCUGCCUUUUGCAUAAUAUCCUGAUUUAAACUGAAAGGACUGUUUCACCUUUCACACUGUGUGUUUGUCUUUUUUCAUAGACCUCUACCUUCCUCCCCCCGAGCUCCACAGAUCUUUGAGUUCUGAAAUAAAAAGUGAACUAAC